GUGGUCUUUGUACUCGCCCCUGCUUCCCGCGUUGCACCUCGCCAUGCUCUCUCUGUCAAAGGGGCUGCUCGCGCUUUCCAUCUUGCUCCGUGGCGCGUUCGCUUUACCCGCUAGCGAUGCGAGUAGUGCACUGUUCCCCAUCUCCGGGCUGAAUUUGGCGGCGAAGAGUGCGCGGAAGCUCUACCUGGGCACGGCGACGAACAGCGAGCAGUGGAACGACACGACGUACCUCAACAUCCUGAAGAGCAACGCCGAGUUCGGGCAGGUUACGCCCGCGAACGUCAUGAAAUGGUUCGCGACGGAGCCAGAGGAAGGGGUCUUCACGUUUCAGGACGGGGACAUCAUCGCGGAUUUCACUGAGAAGACGGGAAAGCUGCUGCGCGGACACAACUGCGUGUGGCACAACCAGCUUCCCGACUGGCUCGAAACCGGUACAUUCAGUGCGCCCGAGCUCGCGUUCAUCGUCUCGCGGCAUUGCUUCAACCUCGUGAACCACUACCAAGGCCAUGUGUACAGCUGGGACGUCAUCAAUGAGGCUUUCAACGACGACGGAACCUUCCGUUCUGAUAUCUUCUUCAAUACGCUCAACACCACCUACAUCCCGCUCGCUCUCUACGCAGCACGCGCAGCCGAUCCCAAAGCGAAGCUCUACAUCAACGACUUCAACAUCGAAGGCAUAGGCGCCAAGUCUGACGCGCUCAAGAGCCUGAUCAAGGACCUGAAGAGCCAAAACGUCCCGAUCGACGGUGUCGGGCUGCAGUCGCACUUCGAGGUCGGCGGCGUCCCGCCCACGCUGCAGCAGAACAUGGAGGAGUUCGUCGCGCUCGGGCUCGAGGUCGCGAUCACGGAGCUCGACAUCCGCUUCACGGCGCUCCCGCCGACGGCCGCGGGCAUUGCGCAGCAGAAGGCGGACUACGAGACCGUCGUCGCCGCGUGCAACGCGGUCCCGAAGUGCGUCGGGGUCACGCUGUGGGACUUUACGGACAAGUACUCGUGGAUCCCGGGCACGUUCCCUGGGCAGGGAGACGCGUGUCCCUGGACGGACGAAUUUGUGAAGAGGCCUGCGUACCAGGGGAUCAUCGAAGGUUUCAAGACCCACCAUUAGUCCGCGUACGAUGUUAGGCACGAUAUACGUAAAUGCUAUGUCUUCCUGCAAGGGACAUGAGAAUCACG